GGCACGGGAAGACCUAUCUACUCUCUUCCAAACGCAGGCCAGUCAUCGCCCUCAGCUGACUCCCCCUCCCCUUUAUGCUUCUUAAACUCCCGCGAGAAUCUCUCGAGUUAGGCAGACCACUGCUACACAAAAGUGACUGCGCAAGCACCCUUCGGACGUAGUAUCCAAAAGGAAUGGAUGCUAGCUGUUGAGUCACCAUCAUGAAGAUUCUAUGGAUACUAUUUUUUUCUGUGGCCACUUCAGGCUUCGACGUGGGCAAAGAGUACGUGUACAAGCAAAAGGGGACAUUGCACGUUGCAAAUCCCGAGCAGCCUUUGCAGUCCGCAGGCGUCGGAUUCAGGAGCAAGAUCGUCGUGCAACCGAAGGAACAUCACACCAUCUUCUCGAUCGUCGACUUCGAAGCGGAAGCCUUCAACUCUGACAGCAUCGACGUCGCUCAUCACCAGUUCAAGUAUGGCCGCAACGAAGAUCUGGUCGGAGCACUCGAGCGCCCAUUUGCUGCCAAGUUCAACGAAGGAAAGGUCGAGGAGUUUGAAAUCGACAAAAACGAGCCUCUUUGGGUGCGGAACAUGAAGAAAGGCAUCCUGUCUUUGUUUCAAUUAGACCUGGUCAAGGGACGCCACGAGAACCCGGAUGACCGGGAGUACCACGUCAAAGAGGACGGUCUGCAUGGUCCUUGCGACACCCUGUACAUUGUGCACAACGAGGACCACGGCCACAUCGAGGUGACCAAAGCAAAAAACCUCGAGAAGUGUGACUGCGGAAAUUACGCCACCUACGGACGGCAGAAAGGCACCGUCUGCGUCAAGUGCGAAGCUCAGAGGACAUAUCAACUUGCGGACACAUCCGAGGUUUAUUACGCCCUCAAGGGAACCGCUCAGAGAUACGUGAUCGAGCACGCCUGGUCGGAGUCGACACAGAUGCUCAGGAGUAACAACGAAGGCAAGGAAGUCCGCGUCGUGUUCAAUCGCACUCUGGACCUGGAGACGGAAGGCGAGAUCACGGAGAAACUCUCACUGCCUGGAGAAAUACAAAAAGAGCAUUCAUUAGCGCAACAGUUCUCUGUGACAACGGACUACGAGGACCCACAAGACCUCAAGCGCGUCAGCGGGUUCAUCACGUACUUCGGCCUCCGCUCCAUCAAAGAACACUUUUUGGGAACCCUGCAAGAGCUGGUGCUAUUUGAGUACUCCGACGAGGACAUCCGGGACAUCGACAAUAAGCUGAGUGUCGGCGAUUUAUUCUUGAUCGGGGUUCACUCUUUCUCGUCCUUCGACUAUGAGGACAUCGAUGACGUCUACCGGAACCACGUGCUCACGGCGCCGGAGGACAUCAAGGACAGCAUGCGGAAGGUGUUCUUGGAUCUUCUUGGAGCUACCGGAUCGAAUCCGCACAUCGCCUACGGUCUGAGCCUGAUCAAAGGCGGAAAGCUCAGCAAGUUGGAGGCCCAUUAUUUCUACAACAAGAUACAAAUAAACCUGAAGGAAGCCAGCACUGCCAUGAUUCAAGAAAUCAGCGAUUCGUGCAAGUCGCAGGCCGUAAAAAGCCACCGUGGGACGUGGUCUUCCUGCAAGCUCGCAGCCAGCGCUAUCGCCGGCGGCUCCGGAUGCCUGCACGCUAACAAAGACCACGAGGAGGACAAAGGCACCUGUAGCCCUGAGAUUGUCUCGCGCUUCUUUAACUACUCAGUGACGCCAGGGGACGUAGAGAACGAGCCGGAGCACCAAAGCACAGUGUUCUUGAGCGUGGCCGGAAACUUGGGCACGCGCAAGGCCGUCGAGUACCUGGAGCGCUUCAUCUGUCCCAAAUGGCACGCCAACGAGCAGAAAAGAAUGGCCGCCUUGUGGGCCCUCAAGCAGGCAGCCAAACGCCACCCCGAGCCGGCUCGCUCCACCGCCCUGCCCGUGUUUCACAACACCAGCGAACCGAGCGAGAUCCGCAUCGCCGCUUUCCUCGUGGUUCUGGCCACCGACCCUGAGCUGUACGUCUUGCGCCACAUUGGACUCGAGAUGGUCACCGAACCCAGCGACCAGGUCGUGGCAUUUGUCACCAGUGCCUUCCGUUCUCUGGCCGAGUCCGAGUACCCUUGCCACCGAAGAAAUGUGAGUUGCACAGCAGAGAACGGCGCUCAGCGUUUGCGCUACGUGGUGCCUCUGUGGGACAGCCACUCGCGGUUCAGGAAGCCGAUCGACAGUACAUCGUCCCACAUGUUCAUCUCUUCCGGCUACAACCACAAGUACGACUACGGCGGCAUGACCCAGGUCGAGAUGAUUCGUUCGCGCGACAGCUACCUGCCCCGCAACCUGCACGUCAGCAUGAAGGACUACAUGGCCGGACACACGCACGACACAGUGGCCAUCUCGUUCGAGAGCUGGGGUAUGGACAAGCUGCUCAACCAACUCCUCGGGCCGCAGCCGGGAUCCUCGAGGAACAUAUGGAGCGUCAUGGGCCGUCGUCGAUUUCCGCGAGAGGCGUCGGCGGACGAGAGAGAACAAAUCGAUGAUGCCUUGCCAAUUGCCAUCCGUGAGUACGACCCGGCGUAUGCUCGACUUAGCCUGUCAGUGUUUGGGCAGACCAUCGACACCUGGGACUUUGACGAGUCUAUCUUGGAAGCACUGAAGGCGAAAGUGACACCAGACAAAGCAGCCAAGAAGUCCGCGGGCAGCGGGAGCCGCAAGUUUUUCUCCUUGACCCAAGACUGGACGUUCUUGACGCCCACUGAGCUGGGCGUUCCACUGUUUUUCGACCACAAACAGAUGGACUUCAUCUACGCCAAUCGCCAGGGCCUCGAUGGCAUCAGGCAUGGAGACAACGGGGAGAUGAACUUCGACAUUAAGGGACACUACCUGUACGAGACCCGGUCGUACCAGUCGUUUGGCCUGGCCCUGUCCUUCGUCAAUGCAACCGUCGGUGCCUCUUACCACGCCAGAACCGUGAUAUCGUGGCCUCUUGACCUGAAGGUCAACCUGAAUGCGGCGGAAGGCAAGCUGAGCCUGCACCGCCCGCUGCACUUACCGUGGAACGUGGCCAAACACUACUUCCAUCCCUUCACAUACGUGAUGCCUUUCGAAACGAGAACUGGGAUCGAUGUCACUGCAAACAAUUUGCUGAACCUGCAGAAGCCCCUGUACCAAUCCGAAGAACUGACUAAGUUCGAUCACAAGUAUUUCGACGAAGCCUUCGGCGUCGGUCUGGCCGUCAAAGGCCACUUACUGAGCAAGGGCCUGCAACAGGGUCUGCGCGACUUCAGCAGUAUGACGUGGCGCGAGCAGCUCUACUACGUCACGAUCAACCCCAACUGGCAUCCUCGUGACGUCAAGAUAUUCCUCGCGCCCGCUGCUGAAGACCCGACCAAAGAGAACGUAAAUAUUACAUACAAAUUCUUCGACUCCGGCGCAGUACGCAACAGCCACUUCAACCCUCACGACCAAAUAGGCAAUGACCCUGAAUUGCCGGCUACACACGUGGUGAAUGUUGAUGUUGCCUUCAAAGGCGAAGCCAAGGAACGCAAAGCAACUGCCGCGCUGAGGUAUUCCUUCGACCACGACUUGUUCAACCAGAAGCUGCAGCUCUUCUACGAACGCACUCCGUUCAACAAAGCGGAAAAAGAAGGGAUGAAGGUCUGUGUCGACGUUUCAGCGGAGUUUCCCAAGCCGGACAGGUCCAGGUAUCACAACCUGCCGACAUUCUACCUGGGUCAGCAAGUCAACGCCAGUCUCGACCUCCAUUAUGGAAGCAGUUGCGAAGGGCAGUCACGGAUCACCAUCAAGGGGAAGUUUACGCAUACGGACGAUGACGAAAGGCAGCUGACUGCAGCAGCGCAAGGCAAACCACUCGGCAGAGGACACCUCAGCAACAGCUUCUUGCAGAAUUUAGCCCGGAAAUGCAAAGAUAGCAGACAAAACGGCACCGAAUUCCGUGUCCAUUGCCUUAAGCUGCUUCGCCACUCCAGUCGCUUCGGAAAGUUCACGGCCGACGUAGAGUACGCUAACUACAAGCCGCUAUACAGGCGCUUGUUUCCGAAUCAAGCACUCUACCCUGCGCUUCAGCUGCCGGAGGACCCGUUCCUGCGUGUUCUGCGCCUGAACUUCAAGGGCGAGAAUGGCAAACUUCACGUGGUGUCGCAAGUUCCUAGGUGGGACCCCAAAGAGAAGCUGCGCAGUGACAUCACAGUCGUCCGCGAGGAUGGCCACAGCGUCGAGUACCAUGGCGUGCCUUUGUUGACCCACGUGCUCACACCCAGGGUCUUUGCCGAGAUGGGAUACACGAACAUGGAAGAUUACUCUUCGCUGUACAAGCAUGGAUACUGUGACCUGCAGUCCCGAAGUGUGCGUACCUUCGAUGGCACCGUGAUUGAACUGCCCCAGACAGAUUGCUACGAGGUGGUAACCCGCGACUGCUCACAGAACAAGCGGUUCCUCGUCUUGGCUCGGGCUGCCAACAACCCUACGCUCACCAAGGCGCUGAAGGUCUUCAUACACACGACCAAGGUUGAAAUACUGCCUGCAACUGAAGACUCUGGCCUUGUAGUGAGCGUCGACGGUACAACGCUGAAGACAACGAUCGAGAGGCCCUACCGGCACACGUACCACGACGCGGAACUCUUCAGGAUCGUGAAAUCUUCAAAAACGUGGUUUGCGCUGGUGUCCGAGUCGUACGGCGUCUACUUGGUCUUUAAUGGAAACAUGCUCUUUGUCCAGGUCGCUCCGUUCUACAGCGGCAAGCUGUGCGGCCUGUGCGGCGACUACAACCUGGACAGGAACCACGAGCUGUCCGGCGCCGACGGCCGCCUCUACAACAGCACUCUGGAGUUCGCCAAGAGCUACGUGGUGCCCAGAUCCGACUGCAGCCUACCGUCUCAAUAAUGGAACCCUAGCUUACAUAGUAGGCGCUUUCACUACUUCGAAAAAAAAUAAGACAAAAGAAAGCGUUUUCUUGAAUGAUUUGUUCUUUGUUGUGCGUACUUUUCAUUACCUCCAGCAUGGCCAAUUGUGUUGAGCCAUGUGUUGAGGCCAACAACAACAUCAACCGUGCUAAAGUAUUAUUCGAGCUCCCUCUUCGUCUUACUGCAUUUUCGAGGGCGGCUUCUAAUUUGUGAUCGGUUGAGGCAAUUUAUUCUUUAUCCUUUAUGUAUAAAAUUUUUUUAGAGUCCCGCACAGUCUAUAAAGCAUUUCUGUAUGUGGCAACUGUCUAUAAAAUAAAUUAACAUUCUUGC